AAUAAUCAAUAUGAGCUUAAAACAAUUAUUACAUUUUUCACAGAUAAAAGGCGAUGAAAAUGACUUUGAGGACAGGAUUCAUUCUUCUUCUCUUGUCGCUUGGUAAGUUAAUCUCUUUAACAACAUCAUGAUCAGGUACUUCUAUACGUAUGGAUAUGUAGUCAUUUAUGUGUUUUAUUUUUGGGAUGUAGUUUUGGGAACAACAUAUGGGAAGGACAAUUCUCGAUGCAAAGACAAUCCGGGAAAAUCAGACAGAUGCUCCACCACAACUAACCCGACAACUACCACAGCUGCCCCAACAAUUUCCACAUCCAGCCCAACUACAACCACAGCUAGCCCAACAACUACCAAAUCUAGCCCAACUACCACCACAGCUGCACCAACUACCACAUCUACUACAACUACCACAGCUAACCCAACAACUACCACAUCCAGCCCAACUACAACCACGGCAAGCCCAACAACUACCACAUCCAGCCCAACUACAACCACAGCUAGCCCAACAACUACCACAUCCAGCCCAACAACUACCACAUCCAGCCCAACAACUACUACAUCCAGCCCAACAACUACCACAUCCAGCCAAACUACUACCACAUCCAGCCCAACAACUACCACAUCUAACCCAACUACAACCACAACAAGCCCAACAACUACCACAUCCAGCCUAACUACAACCACAGCUAGCCCAUCAACUACCAUAUCUAGCCCAACUACAACAACAUCUAGUCCAACUACAACCACAGCAAGCCCAACAACAACCACAUCAAGCCCAACUACAACCAUAACUAGCCCAACUACAACCACAGUUAGCCCAACAACUACUACAUCCAGCCCAACAACUACCACAUCUAGCCCAACUACAACCACAGUUAGCCCAACAACUACUACAUCCAGCCCAACUACAACCACAACUAGCCCAACUACCACCACAGUUAGCCCAACGACAACUACAUCCAUCCCAACUACUACCACAUCCAGCCCAACUACAACCACAUCUAGCCCAACUACAACCACAACAAGCCCAACAACCUAG